CCUACGACCGUUGGAAAACCACAGGGACCGGAUUGUGUCCGGUGUAAUGGACAGAGACAAAUCAUUGCUGGAGCUGAUGCCGAUUCGAGGGCAACAGCUAAUGCCGUUAGCAAUGGUCAAUUCCCAGGAUCUCCAAAUGCUGUAUUGGUACCUGUUGUUGUUGUUGAUGGACCACCAGACCGUUCAUACCGACCACAGCGACCAACACCUCCACCACGUCGUCAUCAUCAUCAUCAUCAUCACCAUCAACGCCCACAAAAACCAAAACCGUCAUCACCAUCGGCCCAACCUCCACCAUCACCAAUAAUACCUCAACCAGCCUAUCCCAUUGCCCCAAUACCUCAGAUACCUCAGCAACCCCAGCAACCGGUAGGGACCACCGUCAUCCAGCAGACGGUUCCCACGCAGCCUCCAGGUGACGGAUACAAUCCCGGAUCUCAGGGUGGAAGUCAUGCCAAUGCUAAAGCCUCGGCAAACGGAAAUGCCGACGCCAGUGCCAAUGCAGUAGCUAAUGCAGGCUCUGGUAACGUAGGAUCAAAUUAUGUUCCUGGGACAGUCGACUCCUACGGUGCACCCAUAAACGUAGGAUUUAGAGGAUCAGGUGGUGGAAAUUCUGGGGCAACGGCAAGUGCCAAUGCAGUUGCCAACGGAAACGGCGCCUCCGCAAAUGCUAAUGCAAAAGCCGUUGCCAAUGGCUCAUUCGGGGGCUAUGGAAAUGGCGGAGCUAGGGCAUCAGCCACUGCCAAUGCCAAUGCCAAUGCCAAUGCCAAUGCAGUUGGAGGAUUGGAAUCAAAAAGCUCAGCAUCUGCCGACGCCGUUGCAACUGUUGACACUAGGCAGAUGCUCGUGUUCACUGACUAGAUCCUUAUAAUACCCAUCAUUACAAUGACGUCGAUAUGUUAUCUCUUCUGAUUGUAUAAUAGUAUUUAUCAAAAGAAUCCUUAGAUUUAUUUUUGAGCUCGUCGAAACAGUAUGAGCUAAAUUGUUGGGACAGCAGUGGAUUCUGUUCGGAAUGAUUUAUGGUGGCAUUUUAUGGUCACGAGUGUUAAGGACUGCUGGAUGAAAAUAUGCAGGUAUUACUCAGGUAGUGGUGGUGUUAAAAAGUUGUGAAACCAGUUUCACGGGAAUUACGCCGGUCCGUCGCGCCGAAUCACCAUCUUCUGCAUCCCCAGCUCAAUGCCGUAAAUACUCUUUCGUGUGAUGUUUGUCCUUUAUGUAUUUUUUUCAUUUUUCAAUGCUCAAGGCGAUUAAAUGUAAUUAUAUUUCAUAUGCAUUCAUCGGAAUUCCCGAGACUCUUAUUAUUUUCUUCUGUCAUUACUUUAAUUACUGAAGAUUCACCUAUACAUAUUCUUCAGAUUUAUUUAUAGAUCAUCGAAUAUAUAAGGAAAUGGAAAUCAUGUGAUGUCAUGUUUUAAAUUGUUUACAAUAAAAUUCGGUUGAUUGAAGGAAAA